ACCGGAUUUCGGGGGGGGAAAAGAAAAAACAGAAAAGGGCGCGAGAGCGGAGCGCGUCCUCGCGAAGGAGAGAUAGCGAGACAGAGCGGAGCGCGUCCCCGCGAGGGGGGAGAGUGAGAGAGAGAGCGCGCGUUCCACGGAGGGUGAAAGAGCGAGGAGCGCGCUCUGGAGAAAAAAAAGAGGCGGUGCGCGCCCCCGGCGGAGAGCGCGGCCUCGCGAUCUCCGGGCGCGCGCGCGCUCCCGGUCGUUCGGUCGGUCGGUGUUGUUGCCGAGGCGGCGGGAGGAUGCUGAAGAUGGCGGAGGAUCCACUGCAGACUGUUGGGGUGGAUUCCCAGCCAGCUGAGAAGCCUAAACGCACAGUGGAAGACUUCAAUCAGUUCUGUAACUUUGUUCUGGCAUACACCGGCUAUAUUCCACCCUGCAGAGAGGAAUGCGACUGGACCCCCUCGAGCUCAAAUUCCCCCGUCCCCACGGAGAGUGUUUUGGACAGCGACAGCUGGGAUUCAACCCAAUCCGUCGACUUUGACACCAUCCAGAACUUUGUGAAGAAGGCAAACUCCUCCAAGAGGAAUGGGUUCCACCACCUGAAGCCGGGCGGUGGGCUGCUCGACAGGCUGAAGCUCAAGGAUUCCCUCUACCCGGCCCCUGAGAGGAAGAGGGAGAAGCGGAACAAGCGAUGGAGCUCAGAAGGGGAAAAGCAGAGGAGUCCGGACGGGGAGAAGCCCAGCUUCUCCCGGAUCAAGAGGAGGAAGAAAUGGAAGCUAAAAAAGGACAGGGCGGAGAAGAAGAUCAAGGCCUCGCUGAGCGAGACGGACUCGGACGAAGAGGUAGUGAAGGCAGGAUUCCUCCCCGAGUCGCUGAGACCGGAGGCGGCUGUUGCCUACACCAAGAACUAUCCAAUGGAGAUGAAAGAGUCCCUCAGCCUGGGAAACAGCCACGACGGCGGCACCAGCUCCAGUGAAGGCGAAACACGGAUAAUGGACGAAGACAUCAUGGUGGAAUCAGAUGACGACUCCUGGGGCCUGGUGACCUGCUACUGCCAGAAGCCCUUCGCGGGCCGGCCAAUGAUCGAGUGUAACCAGUGCAACACCUGGAUCCACCUGUCCUGCGCCAAAAUCCGCAAGUCCAAAGUCCCGGAUGUCUUCUUCUGCGAGAGGUGCAGAGAUGGGAAGAAACCAAACUUAGGCCGCAAGAAAGUUCCUUGAACCAACAGCCUGUACUGUGACUCGCCUGGGUGAGUUCUUUUGUUUUUAAAAAGAAAAAUAAUUUUUUAAAGAAACCUUGAACUUGGUUGAUACAAUAGGGGGAAACAGCGGCUCCACUGUUGGCGAGCGAGAUGCUACAGUGCGUGACACCCUCCAGCAGUGGCCUGUUUCCCUGUGUCUUCAGUGAAGAAACGCGACUGUCUUCCUGCAGCGCCGAGCUUUGGAGCGUUUGUGUUUCUUUUCCCAGCCAUCUGCAGUUCCUCGAGUGCAGCGAUCGUCGGGUUUGUGUCCGUUGAGUGCUGGACCGCCGGAGUGUCUUGAGAAGACGAGUUCGAGACUGUCGAGUCAGAAGUUUGAUUUUAGGCCAGAGGGGGAAAAAAAAACUGAUUGUAAGCGAGCGUCCGUUUUAAAAGGGGAACCUUGCCGGUUCCAUCUUGGAUUAUGUGUCUCCCGAACCAUCUGCCUCUCCAUGUCCCGCCGCGAUUGUUUGAAAUGAUUAUUUUCAAUACGUCACAAAGAGGAAGGUGACUUGAUUCUUGCUGCCUUUGUGAGCACAGGAACCAGGGCAGAUCCAGUGUGUAUGAUGUCUGUGUAAAGUGGAACAACUCUAAACAGUGGCGAGAGAGACCUGACGUGAAGUUUGGAGGUUGCAAUUGGAUGAAAGGAAGUGUUAAACUUUUGUGUGUGUGUGUGUUUUUUUUUAAAUGUCCCUGGAGUUUGGAAGCUGUAUAUUUGAAGGGGGAGCUAUGUGUACAGAAUUAGCAUUGAGCUGAAUAUUUUGAAAGAAAGCUGGGUGCUUAUUGAUAUAACUGAGGAAAUCUAACCAUUUCUCUGCUCAUCCAUUUGAGGUUAAUUGGCUAAAUGUUGCAAUGUUUUAACAAGUCCCUCCUCACUGCCUCUAACAAAUGGUUUUAAUGCACAAAACGUGCUGAUAAUUCCACCCCCCCCCCCCAACCUCCGUGCCCAAUUGCUCAGUGAACCACCUGAGUAUAGUACUUACACAAGCAGGAGAGUUCUGAGGCUGUGAUCCUUCAUUAUGCCUGUUGCAUUUGGUGUCAGAGCUCUAAGAUUGCUCAGAAUUAUUGUCCUCCAACCCCUGCUGGAAAAUGCCCAAUGGUUUUGAGGACAGAGUCAAUCUCUAUUGUAUGGUCCUUCUGACACUCGCGCCACGCAGACACACAGACAUACAUGACCUCUCUCUCUCUCUCUCUCUCUCUCUCUCUCUCUCUCUCUCUCUCUCUCUCACACACACACACACAUGACCUCUCCCUCUGUCA